AUGUUUGAUUUUUCUUUCUUUCCAUUUGAAUUCCUUCCUUUUUUUUAUUUUUCUUUCUUUCUGUUUGCAUUUCUCUCUUUCUUUAUUUUUCGUUCUUUCUUUUUCUUUCUUUCCGUUGGCAUUUCUCUCUUUUUACGUUUUCUGUUUCUUUCUUUCUGUUCGCAUUUUCCUCUUUCUCUUUCCUUCUCUUCGCCUUUCUCUUUCUUUUUCUUUCUUUCUGUUCGCAUUUCUCUCUUUCUUUUUCUUUCUCUUCUUUUUCUUUGUCUUUCCUCUCUUUCCUUCUCUUCGCCUUUAUCUUUCUUUUUCGUUCUUUCUUUUUCUUUCGCAUUUUCCUCUUUUUCUUUCUUUUCUUUCUUUCUUUUCGAAUUUCUCUUUCUUUUUCUUUCUUUCUGUUCGCAUAUCUCUCCUUCUUUCUCUUUCCUUCUUUCUUUUUCUUUCGCAUUUUCCUCUUUUUCUUUCUUUUCAAAUUUCUUUUUCUUUCUUUCUGUUCGCAUAUCUCUCUCUCUUUCUUUUUCUUUGUCUUUCUCGAAUUCAAUAAUUUUAUCAUCUUUUUUUCGUUCGUGGCUUACGGCGAUAUCCCUCUGUAACACGGCUUACAAUCUUUUCUUUCUUUCUUUCUUUCUUUCUUUCUUUCUUUCUUUCUUUCUUUCUUUCCACCAUCUAUCUAUCUAUCUAUCUAUCUAUCUAUCUAUCUGUAUUCGCGUGAAGCUUUCUUAUGGAGCAGACGUUAACCGGCGAGAUUUCCCGCCUUUCUUCCUCAAUUAG